AUGCCACCAGAUUAUAAACAAGAUCCUCUUUCACCUUCAAGUCCAGUAAAUACUUCUCCAAAUGCAUCUGAUAAACCUAUGCGUCGACCAUUAAUUCUUCAACGUCGUGAGGAGAUGGUAAAAAAUCAAUGGGGUGAACGAACUGUUGAAGUCUAUGAAAUUUUAGCAAAAAUAGGUGAAGGAACAUAUGGUGAAGUAUUUAAAGCACGUGAAAAAACAACCGGUGAUUUAUGUGCAUUAAAAAAAGUUCGAUUAGAAAAUGAAAAAGAAGGUUUUCCAAUAACAGCUAUACGUGAAAUACAAAUUCUUCGUCAAUUAACUCAUCCAAAUAUAGUUAAUUUAAAAGAAAUUAUUAUGGAUGCACGAAAUAUAGUUGAUAUUAAAAAUGAUACAUCAUUUUAUUUAGUUUUUGAAUAUUGUGAUCAUGAUUUAUUUGGUUUACUUGAUUCCGGAUUAAUUGAACUUGAUAUUGAACAUAUACGAGCAUUUGUUUUUCAACUUAUGUCCGGUUUAGCUUUUUGUCAUCAAAGAAAAUUUUUACAUCGUGAUAUAAAAUGUUCAAAUAUUUUAUUAAAUAAUAAUGGAAAAAUCAAAUUAGCUGAUUUUGGUCUUGCACGUUUAUAUAAUGCAGAAGAUAAAGAUCGACCAUAUACAAAUAAAGUUAUUACUUUAUGGUAUAGACCACCAGAAUUAUUACUUGGUGAAGAAAGAUACGGACCAUCUAUUGAUAUAUGGAGUUGUGGUUGUAUUUUUGGUGAAUUAUUUACUCGUAAACCUUUAUUUCAAGGACAACGUGAAGAUGAACAAUUAGAAUUAAUUUCACGUUUAUGUGGCUCACCAACACCAGCUGUUUGGCCAGAAGUUAUUCAUUUGCCACUUUUUGCAACAUUAAAACAGAAAAAAACUUAUCGAAGAAAAUUAAGAGAAGAUUAUCAAUAUAUUCCUGAACCUGCUUUGGAUUUAUUUGAUCGUAUGCUUGAAUUAGAUCCAGCUAAACGAAUAAGUGCAAGUGAUGCUCUUCUUUCAAAUUGGCUUAAAGAUAUCAGUGAAGAAACAAUACAACCCAUACAAUUACCAAUUGCACAAGAUUGUCAUGAAAUGUGGAGUAAAGAACAUAGACGAUUAGCACGUCGUGGUUGGAGUGAAAAUGAAAUUCAAGCACAUUUUAAAGAACGUGAAAUAAUUGAAUAUCAACGAUAUAAUCAAGGAGCUGACAUGCAAAUGGAUAGUCCCGAUGAUUCAACAAAUAUUAAUACUGAAAGUUCAAAACAACAACAACAACAACAAAUAGAUAAUAAUAGUUCUUAUCAUCAAUCAACUGAAAUGGUAGGUUCAACAACAUUAUCAGCAAAAAAUGGAAGCAGUAUUAUUAAUAAUAAUAAUAAUAAUAAUAAUAAAUCAAAAUAA